CUCUAACAAGAGCUAAUUUCAAUUUCAAUUUCAAUUUUUACAUACACAUUCACACUCUAUACAUUUGCUCCCCAGAGAAACCCUCCCAACCCCAUUCCUCACCAACCACUGUCUAUGUUUUCAAGAAGUAAACAUGUGAAUAGCUCAGAUAGGCUACACAUUAGCAGGCAUAUGGACUGCACACAUUACAACAUCAAUUAUACAGUACACUUCUCUCUGAACAAAACAAAACAACAUCAAAAUAUACCUUAAUAAAAAAACAUGAGCAGGGGGUUUCUAUGUGUGGCCUUAUUGCUGAUUUGAAGGUUUGAAAGGAUGUGAUAGACCUUAAAGAGGUAUGUCACCUACAUCUGGGUUCACAGUCGGUUCCUCAGAGAACCUUUGGGUUCCCCUGCAGUGACAAACAAGGUUAAUUUAUUUUAUAACAGUGCAUAUGUCUGCACUCCAUCAUGCUCUAAUGUUUUCUCUGAGUCAAGACUCACACAUCCCUUAGUUGGUUUUGCACAGAAAACCAACAAGAGAUAUCAGUGUGCCUUUGUGGUUGAGAUGGUGUCUCGAUAAACUCAGUUUCCUGCACAAUAGAUGUGGAUGUGAAAUAAGUAGGCCUGUUACAUGCAAUAUACAAAACCAAUAACCACAAAAAAUACCCACACACGAAAUAGACACAGCCUACAGUCUAUAAUGCAAAAAAGAGAGAAUGUGUGAUACAAAAGCGUCACACUUCUCUGGAAAGACCACACCUAAUAAAAUUUGUCAAAAGUGGCAGUUUUACACAUUUUUAUACAUGCAUAGCAAAACGGUCAGGGUGUAACAUUGCCAAAUCAAGAGGAAAACAUGAUUACAUCUCAGUCAAAAUGUAAGCUGCAUAUUGCAUCAGCCUCUUUAGAGCAUGAGACCUUACACACAUCUCUUUAUCAAUUAACAUCUAACGUGUAUUAAGAAUACGGCAUGGACGCCUACGUACAGUAUAUUGCAAAGCAUGAAUGACCUCAGUCUGACCUACUCUUACUCACCUUUAUCUCACUCUCAGUCAUUUCUUAAUUUCUACCCCGAUUCCUUUUCAGUUCUUGGAACAUGGGAUCUGUCCAAAAGAUUGAAAUCCUCACGCUUCAAACUACAACUACAACUACGUGCCUUUGUAGGGUACAAAGCAACAUGGUUCAGUCAUGAUUUCAAAAGGAAGCUCUAUGCCACAGAUACUCUUCCCUGAGGCCUGGCGGUCUUCAACCUCCCCUUCCGACCUUACCUGGCAAAGAACCUGGUUGUGGACAUAAGGUGGCAUACCCUUCAUCCUGCCCACCAUAGUUUCACUUGGCCCUUCAACCUCGGUUGAAACUGCACAUCAGUGCCAACUCACUUUCCUCCGGCAGAUCCCAGUGGACCUUCCUUUGAAGUUUAAUAAAACAAAAACAUCACUGCUAAGAUUCUUCUUUAUCCCAACUGGUCUGCUGGAUUGGUUACAAUGACUAAAAUAAAUUCCCAUUUUUCAAUGGUGACAUCCCUGGCAAUUGCAUCAUGCCUAAUCCAGUCAGUCCUUGGUUACAGCUACAAGAAUUGCAUUGAGAAGUCCAAUGUGUAUCAUCAAUGUGUUCACUGUGAAUUCAGAUGCUUUAACCGUGGCACAAAGAACAUCAGUGACUUUGUGAAUGAUCUACCAAUCACAACAACUACACUUAAUAUUUCUCACAACAACAUUACAACAGAGAUUCCAGAUUCCACUUUCUCUCGCCUCCUAAAUCUCACCAAUCUAAAUCUGGAUAGCAAUAACAUGUCCAACUUCUCCAAAUACGCAUUCCGUAGUCUUUUUCACUUGAGGAACCUAAACCUUUCUGCCAACAACCUGAAUAGUCUUAAGCCAGGCCUUUUUCAAGACCUUGCCAGACUAGACCAGCUGAUCCUAUAUGAUAACAAUUUGAUGACAAUCCCUCCAGACAUUUUCAAUGGAUGCUCUGAGCUGAAUUAUCUCACACUCCGAAAGAACAUCUUGCAAAACUUCACAGCCAUUGUUUUGUCUGUUAAGAAUUUGAAGAAUCUGAGUACAUUGGAUCUGGGCUUUAACAAACUUCAGUCACUUGAGCAUUCAGCAAGUCUGCCACCAUCCCUUAAAGAACUCUAUCUGACUGGCAACGAACUUUACACAUUAGGCUGCAAGCCUGAGUUCUUAGGGCAUGUACAUGUGCUGGAUCUCUCAAACAAUUUCAAGCUCUCCUCUGUACAUUUCAAGGGCUUAAAUCUGAGUGAGAUUUCCCUUCUCCGUCUUAGACGCACCAAUGUGACUGUCCCAGAACUUCUCAAACUCACCCCAUCUCUGAGGCCUGUACACGUGGAUUACUCUGGUUUGAAUCUGGGCAACAACAAUAACGCUGGGAUCAAGUCCUUGUGCCAACUAUUAAUGAACUCAUCAACAGAAAUGAAUAGACUCAUACUUCAGUCUAACAACAUCAUCAGUUUGCAACGUGAUCAAUUCAGUUGCCCUAAAAUCACUGGUUCCUUGGAUCUUUCAAUAAACAGAUUGAAGACUGUGGGUUGCUUGGAGUUUCUUGAAGGCCAACACUCUCUGCGGACCAUUUUGGUGGAGCACAAUCUUUUGUCAGAGCUGAAAAACUGCACAAGCCAAUCUUUUUAUAGUAUUACAUUUUUAAGCUACCGGUACAAUCGUAUUCUUAAGGUGGAUCACGAUGCAUUUGCACACACUCCAUAUUUGAAGACUCUCCAAUUGAACAUCAACAAUAUAGCCUAUCUGCCCCGCAAUGCUCUGCGCAAUCUCAGACAGCUAAUUACCCUGCGGCUAGACAAUAACCUACUGACAGACCUCUACGCUGAAAGUUUUAUUAAUCUAUACAAUUUGACAACACUGAACCUGCGCAACAAUCAGAUUUCUGUGAUCUUCAACAACACAUUUCAGUCCCUAAAAAAACUCAAUAUUCUAGAUCUAGGAGGUAACAAAAUCGAUCAGUUCAGAAAAGGGGCAUUCAAUGGACUUGAAAGCCUUGAGAAUAUUUAUCUGGACCGUAACCGCAUCAAACAGAUACAGCUCAAGAUAUUUGCCAAGUUCUGGCCUACUCUGAAAAUUCUGGACUUGCAGAACAAUCACAUAGAAUAUCUAGAAAGGAAGACCACCUCCCCAUUUGCUAAAUUAUCAAAUCUUACAACUCUGAAACUGGAUAACCAGCAACCAUAUGGAAUGAAGCUCAUACCUCAGAAUUUCUUCUCUGGCCUGACAUCCCUAACAACACUUUCACUUACAUAUAACGGAAUCAGUAGUUUUGGAUCAAACACAUUUGAUGAUUUGACUAAUUUACUGUGGCUUACACUUGACAACUCAGGUGUCGGUGUGAAACCGCUACCGCCAGGCAUAUUCAAAAAUCUGAAGAAACUACACAAUUUAGCAAUAGAAAACAUGGGCAUUGAUGCCGUAUCAGAGCAAGUGUUUGGAAAUCUGACAUCACUGCGAAAACUAAAUCUGAAUCGCAAUGCCAUGUCAACAAUAGACCCUGCUGUGUUGGAAAAUCUUCCCAAUCUCAGCUAUGUCGAUCUGAGGAAUACAGCACUCGUUUGUACUUGCAACAACAGUGAACUCCAAAACUGGACCAAAAACAAUCACAGAAUUCAGAUAGUCCUCUUGUAUAGCAUGAUAUGCCCUCAUCAGUCUCAUACAUAUUUUUACCAGUUUGACACCAAAGUGUGUUAUCUGGACAUUGGACUUUACCUCUUUGUCUCAACAAGCAAUAUGGUGCUUCUAUUUUCAAUUCUACCUCUGCUUUAUGUUAAGCUCUACUGGAAGCUUAAGUACAGUUAUUAUGUGUUCCGGUCAUGGUUUGGGGAACAGUGGCGGCGUCUGCGUGACGAGGAGAAGAAAUACCAAUACGAUGCCUUCAUCUCCUACAACUCAGCGGACGAGGAGUGGGUGCUGAAGCAGCUGGUGCCAAACUUGGAGGGGAACGGCUCGUCUCUCCGACUCUGCCUCCACCACCGGGACUUUGAGCCGGGGCGCUACAUCGUGGACAACAUCGUGUCGGCAGUGUACGGGAGCCGCAAGACCGUGUGCGUGGUGAGCCGGGACUUCCUGCGCAGCGAGUGGUGUUCGCUGGAGAUCCAGUUGGCCAGCCACCUCCUGUUCGACGAGCUGCGGGACGUGCUGGUGCUGGUCUUUCUGGAACACGUCUCCGAGAGACAGAUCUCGGCCUACCACCGCAUGCGCAAGGUCAUGCUGAAGAAGACCUACCUGCAGUGGCCCGGCCUGAACUGCACCGACCCGGGCCAGGCCCAGGAGCUCUUCUGGACCCAGCUGAGGAGGGCUCUCAGGAGCAGCAGCAGCAGCAGCACGCCCCAGGCAGACAAGGAGGGGGGCGAGGGGGGCAGAGACGGGGCUUUCACUCACAAAGACUCCAUGGCAUGUCUGUCACAGACAGAGGAUGUGAGAGAUAUCCCUGUGUGAGAUCUUAUAAAUGUGGAAUAUGCUCUGAAUUGAAGUGUGAUCAAUCCAAAAAGAAAAAAGAGGAAG